UUCGCCUCUAUCUCGCCCGCCGAUCCUCAACCGUCUCGUCGACGAUGGCUUCCUCUCCCUCGAAAAAGGUCCUGGUCCCCAUCGCCGACGGAACGGAGCCGAUGGAGGCCGUCAUCACCAUCGACGUUCUCCGCCGCUCCGGCGCUGACGUCACCGUCGCUUCAGCUGCUUCCGAUCUCCGCGUCGACGCCUGCUGGGGGAUCAAGCUCGUCGCCGAUUCCCUCAUCUCCGAUUGCAAAGGCUCCUCCUUUGAUCUCAUCGCGCUUCCCGGAGGAAUGCCUGGUUCAGCUAGCCUAAGAGAUUGUGAAGUGUUGGAGGAAAUGGUUAGAAAGCAAUCAGAGAGCGGAGGGAUUAAUGCGGCGAUUUGUGCAGCCCCGGCAGUUGCAUUGGGAUCUUGGGGUCUGCUUAAAGGAUUGAAAGCUACUUGUUAUCCUGCUUUCAUGGAUAAGUUACCAGCGGAUGUGACAAAAGUGGAAUCUAGGGUUCAAGUUGACGGGAAGGUGGUUACAAGCCGGGGAGCAGGGACGGCUAUCGAGUUCUCCUUGGCAUUGAUUGAGAUGCUUUAUGGCAAAGAGAAAUCUGAAGAAGUUGCGGGACCUAUGGUGACCCGUCCUCAUCAUGGGGAGGACUACACUAUGAUGGAGCUGAAUCCCGUGGAGUGGAAAUAUGACCAUGACACACCUCAGGUACUUGUGCCAAUUGCUAACGGAUCAGAGGAGAUGGAGGCUGUAAUGAUUAUCGACAUUCUACGGAGAGCCAAAGCUAAUGUUGUUGUGGCGUCAGUUGAAGAUGGAUUAGAAAUUGUAGCAUCUAGAAAAGUGAAAAUAGUAGCAGAUAAGCUUUUGGACGAGGCUGUUAAAUUACAAUAUGACCUAAUUGUUCUGCCGGGAGGGCUUCCUGGUGCACCAGCAUUCACAAACUCGGCAAAGCUUGUUGAUUUGCUUAAAAAGCAGGCUGAAUCAAAUAAGCCGUAUGGGGCUAUAUGUGCUUCUCCAGCUCUAGUGCUUGAGCCACAUGGUUUACUCAAAGGGAAGAAGGCAACAGCAUACCCUGCUAUGUGCAGCAAGCUUUCUGAUAAAAGUGAAAGUGAGAAUAGGGUGGUGGUUGAUGGGAACCUGAUCACAAGCAGAGGGCCAGGGACUUCCAUGGAGUUUGCACUGGCCAUAGUAGAGAAGUUCUUUGGCCGUGAAAAAGCCCUCGAUCUUGCAAGAAGCCUGGUUUUUGUAUAAUGAGCUAAUAAUAGCCCUGUGGUGGAGAACUGGGCGUAAUCAGUAGUUUCUGUAUAAACUAAGUUGCAACGACCUAGUAUCUGCUGCAGUUUUUGUAUGAGUAUUGUGCGUUUGCUCGGUUUGAGUCGUCUGUGAUUGUACUUAUAAACGGUUUAAAUACACGAUGAAGUAAUGUGACAUUUAAGACUAUAAUGAAAAUGUCACCGUGUAUGUGUGCUAUCUAAAUGAUAAAUGAUGGGUUUCCGCCGUUUCUGUCA